UUUUUUUUUUUAUCUCUCCAGGAAAAUUGUGGUAUAAUAAAAUGUGAGGGCCAAAUAAACGGAACAGCUCCCGUUCCGGAAGGCGCGAGAGUGAUUAACACUACAUAUAACUAUGUGGACGUCCGUUGGAAUACCAUUCCUACGAGUAAUUUUACCAACGGAACAGUUAAGGGAUAUAUCGUCGCACUUCAAAAAGUUGGCGGCUCUGAAGAAGAUGAGACUUUGCUAGUCACAAGUUGUCACUCAGACGGGAUAAAUGUCACAAAUCUUGAGGAAAACACGAAGUAUUGUGUCCAAGUGGCGGCCUUUACUGAAUAUGGAAAAGGCAAUAGUACUCCAUGUAUGUCAGCGGUUACUGGAGAAAGAGCUAGAGUAGAAUUCACUGCUUUCAACGAAAGUUCGACAUCUAUUCGAUUGAAAUGGGAAAGCGAUAUACCGAUCCCAAUUGAUGACAGUCAAGAAGAUGGAUUGAAAAUAGAUUAUCGUCCAGCUGAUAGAACCGCAGAAAGAAGUCGACUUUUCUGUGGUGGUGAAAGCACUUAUUUGUUCAGCAAUUUGACUGCAUUCACCAAUUACUGUUUUAAUUUAGUCGGUUUCAACAAGGGUGAGAUUAUCACAAAGAUAAACAACAGCCAGUGCGUUUAUACUGACGAAGAAGCGCCCAGUGGACCGCCUCUUGAUGUCACAGUUCGUAAUGAAAGCUCUACCAGUAUCAACGUGACCUGGAGACCAAUCAAUGCAAGCCUACAGCACGGAAUAAUCCUUGGGUAUCGCAUUCACUACGAGAAGGAUAUGAAUGUUCCUCAGCGUCGAAAGCGACGAAGUUCGCAAUCCUUUGACGUAACUGUGCUUGGACAGAACAACCUGACAUGGGUUAUUGAAGAAUUAGAGAAAUUCACCAACUACUGCAUUGAAAUCGUGGGGUUUAACAAGAAGGGUGAUGGAAAGCAAAGUAACUGGGUCUGCACCAUGACAGAUGAGGAUGUACCCAGUCAACCGCCAAUGAAUUUAGCUGGAUACAACACGAGUUCAACAAGUAUCGCGAUUAGGUGGGGUGAAAUACCAAGUACUUUUGUCCACGGAUAUCUCUUGGGUCACCAAAUUUCUUAUGAACAGAUAAGCGGCGAGAUGGACGGUUCCCAGACAGCUGUCACCGUUGAUAUCUCUCCCUACGAUAGAAAUAAGAGCCUUUCAGGUUUACAAGUGUACACCAAAUACUGUGUUCGCCUGGCCGGUAGAACCCGAAUUGGGACUGGAAAGAAGAGCGAAUGUACGAAUAUCACGACUGACGAAGAAAUCCCAACAUCUCCCCCACUUGAUGUCACAGCUAUCGACGGCACAAGCACAGAUACCUUGAAUGUGUCGUGGAAGACACCUGUAGAACUCAAUGGAAAGUUAACUGGCUACAAGAUUUUGGUAGAGACAACACUUGAAAACGGAACAACCCUGACGAACGAAAUCAUGACGUGCGACAACCGCAUCACCCUAACAGACCUUGAUAUGAACACAGAAUACAAGAUACGAGUGGCAGCAAGUACAAGAAAAGGACUGGGACCCUUCAGUGAAGUAGAAUAUGGAGAAACUUGCAAUUGUCCCGAAACUUUACAAGUAGUUGCUCAUCCCAGUUCCUUUGACGCAAACGGACGACCCACUCUAAAAAAAAUGAUGGAAGAAUUAGUAGUGGAAGCCUGCGGUGAGUGUCACACACACGAAAACAAAAAAACAAGGCUUAUUUCAGGUCUGGAGGAUGACUGUGACCUGAAGUUUCCAAUCGUCCAAUCCGGUGAUAGUGCACAGGAAGCAACUGGAACAAAGUUUGUGGCAGUACUUGAUGUACCAGGCUUGGUUGUUCUUCGAAGGAAAGUAGAAACAGAGUUAGGAUUUUAUGAAAAAGUGAUGGCGAGCUCCGUGGUCAAUUCCUGGCCCAUAUGCGCAAUAUUUGGAGUAAUGACUCUUGCUGCAGCCCUACAAAUUUGGUUAUUGGAUAUGCACAGUAAUCCCGAAGAAUUUCCACCAACAAUAGUGAAAGGUACCGGUGAAGGGUUAUGGUGGGCCUUCAUCACUGUCACAACGUUGGGGUAUGGAGAUCGAACUCCAAAAUCAGAUCUAUCAAAAAUAUUUGCUGUGGUGUGGUUCCUAAUCGGAAUGAUUGUGUUUGGCCUUUUCUCCAGCGCUAUUACUACUUCUCUGACUGUGGUCGUAGUGACCGGAGGACCCCAAGGAGAUGCGAAUAAACACGCAAACAUUUCCACCAUAAAAGGUUCCCAAGAAGAGCACAUUGCGGUGAGGAAAUUGUCCAACAAAUUCAAUAUAGGUACUUCGUAUGCUAACCUGUCAGAUUUGGCGGAUGCUCUGAGGACCGGGAAAACUGGUGCCAUUUUGUUAGAUUUGUUUGUCCAUAUGAAGAGAAAAGACUUAUUCAACCACACCACUACCUGGUAUACAGUCACUGAAGUAAUUAAUCAGAAAUUGACUCAUGGGAUUGAACUAAGAGGUGUUUCAACAAAACUGGCUAAAAAGCUUGAAAACUUUAUACUAGACAGAAACCUAGUGAGAAAUUUUCUUGAGGACAAGAAUGAAAAAGAUGAAAAUGAAGAGGAAAAUGAAGCGAGUACGGAAACUGUGCAAGAGGAGGAGGAACUGGUAUUUUUUGAACCAAAAAGUCCCUUCUUUCAAGGAACAUUGAAGUAUGGGGGAGGAGCUUUGGCAGGUCUAGUUCUAUGUGGAGUAAUCUACGAAACUUUUCGAUGGCUGAGAGGAAAAAAGAUCAGGCAUAUAGGAAGGACCUGCCAGGACGAAGACGAAAUGAGAGAACUUGUGGAGAAUUUUUACCAGGAUUUCACUCAAAAAUAUAAACAACUAAGAAAGAAAAACAAAGACGUAAUCAAAUUCUGUAAAAAGCACGCAGAAGGGACUCAUAGGUCUGUACAAAAGGAGAGCGAUAAUGCCAGAUGGUGGUAAUGCUAUUUAUUACAGUUUGCAUCUGAAAAGUUGACAGUUCAGUCAUAGCGUCGCUUGUCAAUUAUCACACAAGCCAUUCAUGAUCUUGUUCUCUUGAUUAAGUCUCGCGGUAAAUUGUUGUUACCAAGAUGCUUUACACGUGUAACCUGAAUUAAUCUCUCUCAGAGGAGUUUUCAAUUGUUUCGAAAGUAAUUCAGGAUUUCAUUAAUUUGCCUUGCCACACUCCUAGAAAAAUCGUCCCAAUUUCUAAGAAAAUGCAAAAAUUAAUUAUGCAAAACUAAAACUAAUUUUCCAUACUCGCGUUUUCCCGCGCUUCAGGAAAUCUGUUUGGUUUUAUGUCGAGUCUUCAUUGGCUCCUUUUGUUACUUUUUCUUUGUUCUGAUUGGCCACCAUAAUUACUUAAAGUUCGGUUUAGCGAAAUCCAAUCGAUACGCUUUCUGCGAAAUGAUAAAUGUAUGAAAAUACGAGGAUUGGAGGACAGAAUUAAAGAGGAGAUAGUGAUCAAAAUUGCUAUAAUUACCAAAGAAAUUAUGAAUUCUUCACAGUCACUUACAAGUAAUAACGUAAAAGAGACUCAAUGAAUUAAAGAGAUGACUUUGGGUUUUUAAGGCAUCUUUAGUACAGGUCGUCUCUCAGAUUAUAAAUUCGUCUUGUUGUUGGAAGGCAAGUUUCUGGGUUGCCCAGAAACUUCUCGAACCACCAGCGAGAGGUACAAAACCUGCAUAUGUUAGAGGUAAAUUGUGGGACCGCCAGCCUUUCUACGUUCAUUUGUGAAAAAAAUUAACAAAGUCAUUUAAGGAGACGACCUCUAUUCACAUAAACAUACUAGUAAUAAAUAAAAAAACAAAAAAUGA